AUGGUGGAAGAACAAUCUGCGUUGAAGACGUCUCCGCCCGAGAAACUCAGUGGCUUUGAAUGGUGGAGACGUUCUUUGCUGUAUAGAACAGGUUUGGGAAUGUCUGACCAAGAGAGAGCUCAGCUUGAACAUGACUACAGAGAAAAGCAUAUGAACAGAAAUUGUGGUCUGUGUGAAGAAAACAGAGACUGGAUGCUUCGGUACUCGCCUAGUGUGAGGUUCAUGAUGGAUCACGUUAACAAGGUCGGUGGAAACUUGAGCACAAGUAACAUCAUCUGCAAUAAAUGUGACGAUUUAAAAGGCGGCGGUUUUCAUCCCAAGUAUGGUAUUUUGUUGUGUUCAAACUGGAUCCAGGAUAAAUAUCAAUUAGAAGAUAUCUUGACUCACGAGCUUGUUCAUGCCUAUGAUCAUCUCAAAUUCAAUGUUGAUCUCACGAAUUUGAAACACCAUGCAUGUACUGAGAUUCGAGCAUCGAUGCUAAGUGGUGAAUGCCGUAUGACAAAAGAGUUGAUGAAGACAGGACUAAGCGGAUUUUCAGGAAAGUUUCAAGAUUGCAUCAAGCGAAGAGCAAUUAUCUCAGUGGCAGCCAAUCCAAAUUGCAAGGAUGAGAAAGUCGCCGAAGAAGUUGUGAAUACAGUUUGGCAAUCCUGUUUUAACGAUACAAGACCAUUUGAAAGGGUGUAUCGUUAA